GGCCGUAAGACGUGCUCAUUGAUAGGUGGAAAGUUCUGUCAAUCAAACAGACUUUUUUUUCGUAGGUGAGUUGUCCGAGCAACAGACAGGAAGUGUGUGUCGGGAACGCGGGACAAAGUGAAACAUGCUUCCUUUAUCUUUGUUGAAGACAGCGCAAAACCAUCCUAUGUUGGUUGAAUUAAAGAAUGGUGAAACCUACAAUGGGCACUUGGUUAGCUGUGACAACUGGAUGAACAUCAAUCUACGUGAAGUAAUUUGUACUUCUAGGGACGGUGACAAAUUUUGGAGAAUGCCUGAGUGCUACAUACGUGGUAGCACAAUUAAAUACUUGCGCAUCCCUGAUGAAAUCAUUGAUAUGGUGAAAGAAGAAGUGAUGUCAAAAGGCAGAGGUCGUGGUGGCAUGCAGCAACAGAAGCAGAUGAAAGGAAGAGGAGGUGGUGGACCUGGACGCGGGGGGGUUUUUGGUGGAAGAGGUAGAGGAAUGCCUGGAGGUGGCAGAGGUGGUUCCCAGGAUAAAAAGCCAGGACGACAAGCUGGGAAACAAUGAAUGACAGACUAUAUAGUGGGAUUCUUCCUUUUUCUUUACAAAUGUUGGAGACUGUAAUUCUGUUUGACUGUUUUUUGGUCAAGUAUCUGAAGUGGAACCCAUCAUCGGAAUGAUUCCUAUACCUGUCCUUACAACUCUACAUUAUUGUCUUGAGUAUAGCUAUAUCGAUGUGAGCAGGUAAUGGGGAAAAACACUAGAUAAAUUUGCAACCUAGACACAAUAAAUGUGAUGGGUUCUAAUCCCUCACUGCUCUAUCCAUA